AUGACUGCCAGAGAAGGCGAACCAAACAGCGCGUCGAUGGAGUUGCUGAAUCAGUACGCAAAGUACUUUCCACAUGUCCUCUUCACCAGCCAUAAGGCCUUCGAGAAGUAUGUGGCGAGCCUCGACCCCGAGGUCUACAAUAACUGUGUAGACCUGCCAGAAGGCGAGGAGUCACUGGAGUCCAGGAACCCGCAGGAGCACAUGUAUGUGCUGACGACGCUGGUGGGUCGAAACCCAACCACGGCCGCCUUCGUGGCCACCCGCUGCUCGGUCCCAGCGGAGAAGGUGGUGGCCAAGUUUGUCAUGCUAAGCGAUGAAAGGCAGGCCGCGUACGCUCGCAGUGAGCUGCACUGCCUUGCCGCGUGCACACAUUUUGGGAUUGUAAAGCACUUCGACGACUUCAAGUCCGACGACAAGCUGCUGCUUAUUAUGGAGUAUGGCAGCGGCGGCGACCUCAACAAGCAGAUCAAGCAGCGCCUGAAGGAGCACCUCCCUUUUCAAGAGUACGAGGUCGGGCUUCUCUUCUACCAGAUUGUUCUGGCCUUGGACGAGGUACACAGCCGCUGCAUGAUGCAUCGUGAUUUAAAAAGCGCAAACAUCUUUCUCAUGCCCACUGGCAUAAUCAAGCUCGGCGACUUUGGCUUCUCGAAGCAGUACAGCGACUCCGUCUCACUCGACGUGGCAUCGUCGUUCUGCGGUACCCCGUACUACCUCGCCCCGGAGGUGUGGGAGCGCAAGCGGUACAGUAAAAAGGCGGACAUGUGGUCCCUCGGUGUCAUUUUGUAUGAGCUGCUGACCCUGCACCGCCCCUUCAAGGGACCGUCGCAGCGCGAGAUUUUGCAGCAGGUGUUGUACGGCAAGUACGACCCAUUUCCGUGCCCUGUGUCAAGCACCAUGAAGGCGCUUCUGGAUCCACUACUGUCGAAGAACCCAGCUGACCGGCCAACCACGCAGCAGCUGCUGCACACGGAGUUUCUCAAGUACGUGGCUAACCUGUUCCAGGAUAUUGUGCGUCACUCCGAGACCAUCUCACCCAACGAUAGGACAGAGAUUCUGAAGCAGCUGCAGGGGAGCGGCGAGCGAGCCCCGUCACCGUCGUCGAUCCGCUACGACGUCCUUACUUCAGAGGUGACACACGGUGGGUAUCUGUACAAGUACAGCUCUGACAUGCGCUGGAAGAAGCGUUACUUCUACAUUGGUAACGGCCAGCUGCGAAUUUCGCUGAGCGAGAACCCCGAGAACGACGGCGUAGCCCCCAAGUCCGUCAACCUGGAGACGGUGAGCGACGCGUUCCCAGUGCCUGAGGUGUACUCGCAAAAGCACCCGAAUCAGCUGGUGCUGUGGUUCAACAACGGCCAGAAGAUCAUCGCGUACGCCACUACGAAGGAGGACAGGGACGUGUGGAUCUCAAAGUUCCAACGCGCCUGUGGUAUGUAA